GUGAGGGCUGACGUGGAGCUUACCUUGCCCUUACGCAGCAUCUCAGAUCACAAAGUAUUUUCAUGGUUACUGUCGCCUCCAAAACCAGGACCACCCAGUGAAAAGAACACCAUUUCCCACGGAGGAAAAGAAAAGCCUCGAUCUUACAUAGAAGGUGUCACACAGGAACCAAAUUUCAUUUCAAACUGAGCUCACCAUGGGAUGUGGAGAUGAAUGAACGCUGUUUUGGUUUUUUCCUCAGGCGAGAGGAAGUGGGGAAAUCAGAGUGGGAUGAGCCAUCUCUGUUCCUGGAGAGCGUGACACAUGUGUCCCCUCCUGGGCCUCUAGCCACAGCAACCUCACCACUCAUUUCCCCUGGAACCGAGGAGGCAUACCUGGGCUCUCCACAGAGGGAGAUGAUGUCGGGAGGGAAAUCCCACCUGCUCUGAGUCACCUGCCAGUGUAAAGGGCGGGCCUUACGAUGCAGGGACCUUAAAAAGAGACUGCGAGACAAAGGGAAGAAAACAGGAAGCAGCUCAGGAACCGGACUACAAGAGUCAGAACAAAAGGAGGCCGGUGCAGAGUCCACAAGGCCCGGUGCAGGUCACAGAGCCAGCCGGAUCUGAGAAGCAGGCAACAAGAUGCUGGGUUGCAGAGCGGUACUACUGCUGUGGCUGCUGCCCUGGACCACUCAGGGCCUGGCUCUGCCUAGGACCAGCAGCCCCGACUGGGCGCAAUGCCAACAGCUCUCCCGGAAUCUCUGCACACUAGCCUGGAGUGCACAUCCACCAGUGGGACUUAUGGAUACACUAAGAGAAGAAGAUGAGGAGACUAGAAAUGAUGUCCCCCGUAUCCAGUGUGGGGAUGGUUGCGAUCCCCAAGGACUCAAGGACAACAGCCAGUUCUGCCUGCAAAGAAUCCACCAAGGUCUGGUUUUUUACAAGCAGCUGCUGGACUCAGACAUCUUCACAGGGGAGCCUUCUCUGCUCCCCGACAGCCCCGUGGGCCAGCUUCAUACCUCCCUACUGGGCCUCAGCCAACUCCUCCAGCCAAAGGAUCACCAUUGGGAGAGUCAACAGAUGCCUAGCCUGAGUCCCAGCCAGCAGUGGCAGCGUCCCCUCCUCCGCUCCAAGAUCCUCCGAAGCCUUCAGGCCUUUGUGGCGAUAGCUGCCCGGGUCUUUGCCCACGGAGCAGCCACCCUGACUGAACCCUUAAUGCCAUCAGCUUAAGUAUGGCACCCAGGUUCCCAAGGCUCAGCAAUGAUAAGAUUAAUUUAUCAACCCAGGCAUCCAUAAGCCAACAAGCUAACUGGUCCAUUAGUAAGUACUAUUUGUUGUUAUUGUUUUGUUUGACGGGCAAGGACAAUUUUAUUAAAGAGAAAAACAAAAAACAGCCCAGAGUAGGUAGCUCUCUAGAGGAAGGAGAUGGAGACAGAGGAUAAGGUCAUGCCCUUUGCCGUGGAAGCUGGCAAGCGGCUGCAUGGUAGAAGGGGUGGGGGUGGGGGUGCACAUCAGAGAUACAGUGAGAAAGCCCAGGCUUUGGCCAGUAUCUGCAUGAGAAAGAAGAAAAAGGGCAAGUUGUACUUUCCUGAGUAACUGGGGGAAAUGUGCAGCUCACGGUGCAAUGGAAGCUCCGGUCUGCUUAGUCCCUGAGAUCUAACAAAUGACCAGUACGGACCGACUUGUGACGCUAACCUGUGACAAACUUGCAUAUUUAUUAAUCGGGAGGGGAGAGUUUGGUAUUAUUUAUCCUUGUAACAGCAGUUUAGAGGAUUGUUAUUUAUUAUAUUUAUAAGGAAUUAUGUAUUUUUUCCAAUAAAGAUUUAUUUAUGUGCCUGA